AUGGACUCGGACGAUGAUAUGAUCUCAAUCUCCAGCGAAGACGAUGUCUUGCAGGAUGAAAGCGACAACUCUGCCGAUGAUGGCUUCGACUUCGAGGAGGAACCCGACACCGAGCUGCCCGGCCAGAGCGACUUCAGUCCCAAGAAGAAAGUCUCCUACGACUUGACGUACAAGGUCUACGAGCCCCAAGACAUCCAGAAGCAGCAAGACGACCUGAUCGAUGAGGUGAACAUGAUCCUCGAACUGUCAAAAGAGGACGCAGCCAUACUGCUUCGCUACUUUCGCUGGAACAAGGAGAGACUGAUCGACGACUACAUGGACAAGCCGAGGAAAGUCCUCGAGGCUGCUGGGCUCGUGACUGGUCCUCAUUCCGGCCCACAGCUCGAGGUUAGGCCGGGCUUCAUGUGCGAGAUCUGCUGCGAGGAUGACGACGACCUUCAGACGUUCGCAAUGAAGUGUGGCCACCGCUAUUGUGUGGAAUGCUAUCAACACUACUUGACACAAAAGAUUCGGGAGGAGGGCGAGGCUGCACGGAUACAGUGCCCCUCGGACGGUUGCCACCGCAUCCUCGACGCCCGUUCUCUGGACCUUCUGGUCGCCCGGGACCUGCAGUACCGCUACCGACAGCUUCUUAACAGGACUUACGUGGAGGACAGCAAUACCCUGAAGUGGUGCCCUGCUCCAGAUUGCGAAAAUGCCAUAAAUUGUGGCAUCAAGAAGAAAGACCUUGACAAGGUCGUCCCUACUGUUGCCUGCUCUUGCGGCCACCGCUUCUGUUUUGGCUGCAUCCUCAACGACCACCAGCCUGCACCGUGCGAGCUGGUAAAGAGGUGGCUGAAGAAGUGUGCUGACGACAGCGAGACUGCCAACUGGAUCUCGGCCAACACUAAGGAGUGUCCCAAAUGCAACUCAACGAUCGAGAAAAACGGCGGAUGCAACCACAUGACAUGUAGGAAGUGCAAGUAUGAAUUCUGUUGGAUGUGCAUGGGACUAUGGUCGGAGCAUGGCACCAGCUGGUACAACUGUAAUCGGUUCGAGGAGAAGAGCGGCACCGAUGCACGCGACGCUCAGGCUAAAUCUCGUGUGUCUCUCGAGAGGUACCUGCACUACUACAAUCGGUACGCCAACCAUGAGCAAUCCGCUCGUCUGGACAAGGACAUAUAUCAGAAGACGGAAAAGAAGAUGAUCCAAUUACAAACGGCCUCAGGCAUGUCUUGGAUCGAGGUGCAAUACCUCAACUCGGCGUCACAAGCUCUUCAGACCUGCCGGCAAACGCUCAAGUGGACAUAUGCCUUUGCGUUCUACCUCGCCCGCAACAACCUGACCGAAAUCUUCGAAGACAACCAGAAAGACCUAGAGAUGGCAGUCGAGGCUUUGUCGGAGAUGUUCGAGAAGCCUAUUCCUGAGCUGUCCGACCCGAAGUUGAAGGUCGAGAUAAUGGACAAGACGGCAUACUGUAACAAGAGACGGGUCAUUCUUCUAGAGGACACUGCUGAAAACCUUGCAAAUGGCAAGUGGAAAUUCAACGUCGACCUUCACAGCCCCGGGGCCGCAACGGCCAGCAACAGCGCUCAGCGAUAG